AUGAUUACAAUUGAAAAACAUAUCUCAUCCACUCUUUCACCUCUUAAUGAUACCUCCGAAACCCUUAAGACACCAUCUAUCAUAACCAAGAGCUAUUCCGAUGAUGAUCUACGUAGAUUACCAAAAAAAAUAGCAAAACGUAUAGAAAAUUUUAAACCACGUAGUUCACAACUUGAUCGAGAGCAAUUAGAAUCUGCUCAAGAUCCAUUUCGAGGAUUUUUUACUUUAUUCUGGAUUGCAAUGGGAUUCUAUGUUAUACAAACUUGGGCAAAAAACUUUGAAUCGGCUGGAAUUUUAUUUGAAUUAUCAUUCUUUAGAUUAUUUUCUCAAGAUGCUAUAUGUUUAAUUCUUAGUGAUGCUAUUAUGAUUGGUUCUAUGUUUUUUGCUGUCUUAUUACAAAAAUUGAUUGCAAUGCGUUGGAUUCGUUGGAGAUAUACCGGAAUGAUUAUUCAACAUUUAUUCCAGAUUUCAUUCUUGUUUGUACCUAUUUAUUGGACAUUUGUGAGAAACUGGCCAUGGGUUCAGAGCGGGUUCUUUGUUCUUCAUACAAUAUCAAUGUUAAUGAAAUUACAUUCAUACUCAUUUUAUAAUGGUGAAUUGUCUGAUUGGUCCCAUUGUUUAUCCGAUCUUAAAAAAGAAUAUUCAACUCUACUUGGUGAAUCAAAAAAAUCUGAUAAUGGCACUGAAAAACUUGUUCAAUUGGAUGAAUUAAAAGAAAAAAUUGCGCAAGUCGAAGGUUAUCUUGCUGGCCCUACAAAAACUAUUAAUUAUCCAAAUAAUAUAACUUUUAUGAACUUUGUGGAUUUUUUAUUGGUACCUACUUUAGUAUAUGAAUUGGAAUAUCCAAGGACUGAAAAAAUUCGUCCUUGGUAUGUUUUGGAAAAAAUUGUAGCGACAUUUGGUACUUUCUUUUUGUUAUAUCUCAAUACUGAAACAUACAUAAUUCCUACUUUGCCGAACGUUUCGACAUCGGCUUAUAAUUCUAUGAUACAAAUGUUAUUUCCUUUCAUGGUUAAUUAUCUAUUAAUUUUUUAUAUUAUCUUUGAGUGUAUUUGUAAUGUUUUUGCUGAAUUGACAAGAUUCGCUGAUCGUAAUUUUUAUGAUGAUUGGUGGAACAGUACAACUUGGGAAGAAUUUGCUCGAAAAUGGAAUAAACCAGUACAUCGUUUUCUAUUGCGUCAUUCUAAUCCACGAAUUAGUGAUGGUGGUUGUAUCAAAAAAGAUUCGAAUGUACUUGUUUUUCUUGCAAAUGUUUCAAUUACCAUUAAUUGCAUUGAGUCCACCUAUGUUGGGUAUAUUGUAUUGUAG